AAAAAAAAACAGCAGAGCCGCCCGAUGAGCAAUGCAUCCUCACCGCGGCGAGCAGCGACUGCAGAUUCCUCACCGGUGCCGGCCCCGUCCCCGGUGGAUUUCGGCGAAGGCACUUCACGGUCAGACGGAGUGUUCCGAGAUUUUUCAAGCGAUCUCACAAUGAUCUCCUUUGGAAUUCCCUUGGAAGAUCGACAAGCGAAGCGAUUUACGAUUCGUGUUUUCAUUUUGGCUGUGGCCAUUGCUGCUUGGUCUCUGAUGCAUUUCAUCGCGAACUUGCUGAUGGGCCGGUAUAGCGAAUCCGCGGACGGCUCCAACGGCAUUUGGUCCUCCCUGUCGGGCUUGUUGAUCGAAUUGAGUAUCCCUGCCUCUGGCUACAUGGGCGCUUUGUACCAUAAUCGACAGCUCACCUGCUGUUUCUGCAGCUGCAAUCUCUUUCUGGCCAUCCUCUCUGUGGCGUCAUUCACCCGUCUUGUGGUCAGAUUGGUUGAGCUGCGGGGUGACUGCGAAGCUGAAACUGACUACAGUCAGCGGUCCGUUUGCGAGAUGUGGGAGGACAAUGGAGCUCAGAAGUAUGUCUUUCUGACCAAUCUCAUUUGUAGCGCGGUCUUGUCGUGUUGUGCUUGUUGGGCCGGUAAUAUGCUCUUCCAAAAAUUGUCACCCGAACAACCACAGAUCGACACCACGUCAGUGGUAGGAGAGGUGGUACAACUUGGCGUCAGUAUGCCCUUGAGCGUAACGACCUCGGGCAACACUACGCCAAGUGGCCAGGUGACGACCCUCUACUCCCUGGAUCCCAGGCCUUCGGGUCCAGGUCGUUCCACUUGGACGGAACCGCUCUGAGGGCAGCUAAAUCGAUUCAUGGUGAAGUUCCGACUUCAAAAGCUUUGGAUAGAGUGGCUGAUUGAUCUGGG